UGGAAAACUCUGUACUUUCCCAGGACUGGGCAGAGCAAGGAUCACCCCACUUCACCCUCCUGAGGGUGCCAGGAAUCAAUCCCCUAACUUCCUGUUUAGCUGGCCAUGGCCCAAAUACCCCCAAGCACCUCCACCCACAAAAUCUCUCACUUCUGAGAGAGAUCCAGAUUGUAUCCACCCACUUAUACUUCCCCUACCCAGUCCAGACCCCAAAGUCAGCGUAUGGCACCCAUGGGACCAUGCUGACGGACAGAGACUCAAGGCAUCUGAGUCAGCUGUCUGGCAGGGCCAACAACUGAUCACCUGCUAAGCCCUGGUGCUGAUGCUAACCCCCAAGACCGUUAAGUGAACACUCCUGCCCCCAAGAGGAUGGGACGGCAAAAGACAAAGGUUCCUGGAGAGCCAGUGGAGCCCCUGGAUACCUCUCCGGAUCUAGAUCCUGACACCAGCUACCUGGCUCCCUGUAAUAAGGAGACUGUUGUGGUCACUCUGCAUGGAGCUACUGACCUUCCUGCUAGCAAGGACGGCUCUGAUCCAAGGCCCUAUGUGAUGGUAAAAACCACAUCAGAGGAAGCCACCUCUCACAGCCCCAAAGCAGUGACCUCUGUGACCUCAGAACCCACCAGAACACCCAUCUGGGGGGACACAGUGAAAGUGGAGAUCCAGGCAGAGGAUGCAGGACAAGAAGAUGUCAUCCUGAAGGUGAUGGACAGCAACAAGAAAGAGGAGCUGGUGUCCUAUACAGUCCCCAUUAAAUACCUACGUGUCUUCCACCCGUACCACUUUGAGUUUAAAAAGCAGUCUGAGAAAGCUGAUGAAGCCACUGCCAAGACCCGCCUAUAUGCCACCGUGGUUCGGAAGGGCAGCUUGCUACCCCGCUACAUAGGCUGUGACCAUACCGCUCUGGAGGUCUUGGUUCAGGGAGUCAAUGAGCCCCUGGUCAACAACCCCAGCCCUAUGGUGGUGAUUGCUCGGGUGGUCCCCAGCUAUACUGAGUUUAAGGCCAACCAAGUCAGGCAGGACCCUGCCUCUGUGGGGCUGCCCCUCACCCAGAUUUCCUUCCCUAUUUCAUCACCGAUGAACUUUGAUGUGCCUCGGGUCAGCCAGAAUGGGUAUCCUCAGCUGUCCAGGCCCGGGGGACCCCCAGAGCAGCCCAUGUGGAACCAGUCCUUCCUCUUCCAAGGCCGAGAUGGAGCCACCAGCUUCUCAGAGGACACAGCCCUGGUGCUGGAGUAUUACCCUUCCGCUUCAAUGAAAAGCAGUGAACCAUGGACCCUCAAACAUCCCCUGGGUGUCUCCGUGCUACCACUAAAGUCUCGUCUGUACCACAAGAUGUUGACAGGAAAAGACUUGAAAGGGCUGUGUGUGAAACGACUCCCCAUCACCGCCACCCACCUAAAAACCAUCGACGGAGAGGCCCCCACGGUGAACCUCUCCUUCCAGCUUCUUUCCUCUGAGAGGCCAGAAAACUUCUUGACACUAAGCAACAGCAAGGGUCUGCCCACCCUGAACCUGAAGAUUCUAGAUGAGAAUCUUGGUGCCAUUCGUGAGUCCUGGUCCAUGAGCUCCCCAGACUCUUCUCAGGAAGCAGAGGAGCCUCAGACAUUACAUGAGAUGGAGAUGAACAACUACCAGCGGGCCAUGCAGAAGAUGGCAGAGGACAUCCUGGCCCUGAGGAAGCAAACCAACAUCCUGGAGGAGGAGAACCGCACGCUGAGGAGUCACCUGACCCAGCAGAGCUUAGAAGAAGAACAGAGCAGGGCUGAAGAGGAGAACCUGGGGGUGUCCAUGAAGCAGAGGCUACUGCUGAGUGAACUGGACAUAAAGAGGCUGCGAGACAGGGUGCAACACCUGCAGAAUGAGCUGAUUCGGAAGAAUGAUCGAGAGAAGGAGUUGCUGCUUCUGUACCAGGCCCAGCAGCCGCAGGCCGCACAACUGAAGCGGUACCAGGACAAGCUGCAGAAGAUGAAGUCCCUGGAGGACACCGUGCGGCACCAGGAGAAGGUGAUUGAGAAGAUGGAGCAGGUACUGGAAGAAAGGCUCCGUGAGAGGAAGGAGUCAGCACCGUCGAGCAGGCCGCAGGGGAAGCCCAACGUGGGUGAGCCUGCUCCCCAAGCCUUCCCCAUGUUCACCACCUCUGGCAUUCACCUGGGCCCCACGGGAGAGAACGUGGCUGUCGAUCUUUACUCCAUACUGCUGGCCGAAAACACAAGGCUGCGGGCAGAGUUGGAAAAGAACCGCCAGCAACCAGCCCCCAUCAUCCUGCAGCAGCAGGCCCUGCCGGUGGAUCCCAGGGAGUUGGGAGCAGGUGGAGACUUGGCAGAGAGGCUACGAGACACAAAUGGCCCGGGCCACUCCAAAUGCACAGAGACCCUGCCAGCACAGGAUCUCCUUGGUGGUACUUCAGACAAGUUUAACCUCCUGGCCAAGCUUGAACAAGCUCAGAGUCGGAUCUUGUCCCUGGAAAACCAGCUUGAGGACUCAGCUCGCCACUGGGCACGAGAGAAGCAAAACUUGGCCAUACGGCUCCAGGAGCAACAACAUGGUUUUGGACACCCGUCAAACUCCAUCAUCAUAGACCAGUCUAAUGCUGGAGUGGCCAAGGAUCCCCAACAGUCCUCUAAACUGGAACCCUCACUGCCCAACUCAGACAUGAAGUUCAACAGACCCUCAGACUCCAAGAUUGAGACCUCUCACCCCCAGAAGACCUGAGCCUGGAGCUGGCCUCCUUUCCCAUGUGCUGGGAAGUCAUCCCCACCCCAAAGAUGUCUUUAGUAAAUGCUAGAACUCAA